UCAAUAAGCUAGAGCUUUAAAAAAAAUAGAGAACGAGAGAAUAAGAUAUUAAGCAUGAAAAUGAAUGUGGUAUUGUUGGUGUUGUUUGCAAUAAUGUUGACAACACUAUCAAUUAGACCUUCAUUAGCACAAGACGAUGAAGUCGGAAAUAUGGGGUGUUGGGACAACAUUACGAGCUGCCUUGGUGAUAAUGAAGUCCUAUUGUGUUGUCCAGUAAUUCAGCAAGAAAUAGACAAUGAAAGAGAUUGCUUUUGUUUGAUGAAAGAAACUGUGCAACAAAAUGCAACUGUUGCGGCUUCCUUCUCUACCAUCUUUACAUUUUGUGACAUUUCUGGUUCUUUUCAGACCUUAUGUCCUGAUGAUUCUGAUUCAAUCUCGGCUCCACUUGCGUCACCAGACUCAUCAUCACCAAGCUCUGUACCAACCUCGGCUCCAGUAGAAGAUCCCUCACCACCAAGUCCUACUUCUACAACUUCUACCCCUGCUACCGAAGUAUCAACUCCCUCGCCAGAUGAGUCAACACCAGCUGGUGUUGGCGAAUGUUGGUCAAAGAUAUUAACUUGUACCGAUUCGAAGUCUGAGAGUGAAAUAUCAGAGUGUUGUCCCGUUGUUGAACAAGCAGUAACAGAUGAAAGUGAGUGCUUCUGUGCUGGUGCCAAGAUCGCUGUUCUUGAUGAUCCUUCAAAUGCCGACACUUUUGAUCAGUAUUUGACGCUUUGUAAAAUCAGUGAAUCUCUUGACACAUUAUGCACUAAUACAAAUAGCAGUACUAGCAAUGGCACAGGAAGUCGGAUUCCAAAGAAGACGAAGACCGGCCUAAACAUAAGUGGAAGUAACAACAAUAAUAUUGCACAUAUAGUUGGAUUACUUCCUAGUUCACUCUUGAUUAUUUUCGCAAUAAGUUUCUUGAUUUAAAAUAAUAACUAUGAUAUCUUGAUUUGAAUCAUUGUAUAUAUAUAAUCGUUCUUUAUGGUAAGAAUAAUUUAUUUAAGUAAGUACUUUUUGGAGGGAAUAUUUUCAAUGUAACGUUGCCAAGUGUCAUUUUGAAUUCGCUUUUAGUAAUAUGUAAUAGAUUCUUUGUACGAGUAUUAUUUUAUAACUAA